AUGGAGUCGUCACCAGCAGCAUCAGCGAAGCCAGCGAGAGGUGCCGGAGGAAGACGUGGAGGUGAUCGGAAGAAGAGUGUUUCCAAGUCCGCUAAGGCUGGUCUUCAGUUUCCCGUCGGCCGUAUCGCUCGUUACUUGAAGAAAGGACGGUAUGCUCUUAGGUACGGCUCCGGUGCUCCCGUUUACCUCGCCGCUGUUCUCGAGUACCUCGCCGCUGAGGUUCUGGAGCUCGCAGGAAACGCAGCGAGGGACAACAAGAAGAACAGGAUAAACCCUAGGCAUCUGUGCCUGGCGAUUAGGAACGACGAGGAAUUGGGGAAAUUGCUUCACGGAGUCACCAUCGCUAGCGGAGGAGUUCUUCCAAACAUCAACCCGAUUCUUCUUCCUAAGAAAGCUGCUGCCUCUUCCCAAGCUGAGAAAGCUUCGCCUGCUACCAAAUCCCCCAAGAAGGCUUAA